AUGCAGGUGGCAAGCUUUGCAUAUUAUUACGCGAACGGAGGUGAAGGUGUGGCCAUCGAAUCCAUCUUCAUCUAUAGACCCGAUCGAAAACGAGAAAUCUGGCGAUUCUUCCUCUACAUGCUCCUCCACGCCGGGUACGGAAGGAUUGAAGUAACACUACGCCUGGGUUCGCCCUUACGCAAAUUCAUCAAGUUUCCUAUUGGUCUCUUUGACAGCUGGCUGCACGUGGCAUUCAACGUGGUCGUGCAGAUCCUAGUGGGGCUUCCAUUGGAAAUGGUUCAUGGAUCCCUUCGCAUCGCUGCAAUCUACAUGGCCGGCGUAUUGGCAGGUUCCCUGGGGACGUCGGUGAUGGACCCGGGUGUUUAUCUGGUAGGGGCUUCUGGGGGUGUGUAUGCCCUUUUAGCCGCUCAUCUUGCCAACGUUCUUCUCAACUACCACCACAUGCACUGCGGAGUCGUUCGGCUCUUGGGCGUUUUCGCCAUCGCGAGUGCAGACGUGGGUUUCGCGGUCUACAACCGAUACGCAGGAGGAGGUGAUGGUGUCGGUGGUGCACCACCCGUGUCCUUCGUUGCGCACCUGGCUGGUGCUUUGGCCGGGCUCACCAUCGGUCUCAUCGUGUUGAAGAACUUUGGCCAGAAUCUGCACGAGAAACUCAUCUGGUGGGUGGGACUGGGGGUGUACAUGGCCUGUACCCUAUUUGCCAUUCUCUAUAAUGUCUUCAGUGACACCUCAUCGAGAGCGGUCUUCCUGGAUGACAUCCCCAAAGACAACUUCGUCUUCGUGGAACCCGUCCCACUCGGGUCCUUAUCCUAGCAUUUCCUUCUCUCUAUCCCCCCCAGUGGUUUCUUUUUUUUUUCUUUUUUUUUUCUAGUCAUUCCCCGUCAAAGUGAGCGCCUGUGAUUAUUCACUCUUCCCCGCGUUCUGCCAGAAGUUAAUUUUUUAUUCGAUAGUGGUUUUUCCUGGCGGGGAGCCUGCCCCUUCCUUUUCUACCUCAA